AUGGAUAUACUAUUGAAGGCCUAUCAAGAUGAUAAAGCCGAGGUCAAGAUUUCCAGAACUCAUGUGAAGGCUUUCUUGCUUCGUUCCAAGUUCAGUUGUGAGCCAACAAUGAGAGCUACUGCGAACAAUGGGAGCUAUCGGGAUCGGAGAUCGAUGAAGCAUGUUCUGGACAACGUUCAUGGAUACAUCUACCUCGAGCCGGUAUGA